AUGGGUCUAUGCUGGCUAGCUCAGCAAACUAUUGCGAAUUCCAGUAGCAUGCCUCAAACUGAGUUGAGCCCGAAGAAUGGACACAAUCCUCCCGGAGGCGGAAAGAGAGCCAACGAACGAGUCAGAAAGGCGAGAUUGACUGUGUGCACAAGAGGCCAAGCGACAAACCCAAGAAGCGAGCCGGGAAAGCUUUUGGGCAUCUUCCUGUCCCUCGUCGUGCGUGUUGUUGGCCGGAUUCCCAUUCACCGGCCCUCUCCCUAUGCGUUGUCGCGUGUGCAUUUGAGUGUCUGUUGGGAGUUGCCUGUCAGGCUUUUUUUGGGCAGGGCGCUUGCGGUUGAUGAACUCAACCGGCCAGAUUGA